ACUAUAUCAACUGGCAAGUGAGAGACCGCAUAAAACAUCCGCACGGCGACGUUUGUAGCAAAUAUGUCAGCGCCCAAUGUAGAAUUGUAACAGGAAUUGUAGGAUAUAAUUAUUUGUACUUUUUGCGAGUCUACAGUAUUAGUAAAUGUAACAGGUUAGCUAUAGCACCAUUAUCAUACUAUAUAGUAAAGGGAUGGUAGCGCAUUGAACAAUUUUCUGAUAUGGGAAGUGAGUAUAGCGCUAUCCAAGAUUGUAAGUUGGACGAGCCAUUUGAAACGGACAUUCCACAAGGCUGGACGUUACAUCCUGCAGUGCAGAAGGAUGGUUCGAAAGUGUCUGUAUUUGUUCACAAAAAAUCUGACAGAAGACAACCAGAGUAUAUUGAAAAUGCAGCAAAGCAACUAAAAAUACUGAGGCAUCCUACGAUACUGAAGUUCUUCGCAUCAUGCCAAAACGUGGAAGGAACGUUCUUAAUAACAGAGCAAGUAAAGCCUCUAAAGCUCGUACUAGACGCUCUGUCUGCUGCAGAGAUAUGUGCUGGACUAUACAAUGUCCUGGAAGCAGCCUGCUUUCUUCAUGAAAGGGGUGGAGUGUGCCACAACAACAUUUCUGUGUCUUCCAUAUAUGUUGCACAGGAUGGCAGCUGGCGAUUAGGUGGCGUUGAGCACCUGUGCAAAUUUCAGGAUGCAACUCGAGCCUUCUUGGAUAAGUGUAGACCACUGAGGGAUCCUAUGUACAUAGCACCAGAGGAAAAGAGUGGGCAUGUUCUGAAUACACUGGAAAAUGGCGACUCAAGAGAUGUGUAUGCAUUCGGCGUUCUGGCCAACGUGAUGUUAGACAGGUUAGGGGAGCUAGAAGAUAUUACUACAGCAUUCCACAAUCGCAUCGAGAACGAGUUUCUUAAUCCCGAUCCUCGGCAACGACCCAAGCUGAAAUCCUUAACAAAUGACAGAAUUUUUCGGAAUGAAUUCUUGGAGGUUAUAAAAUUUCUUUCCCAAAUCACGAUCAAGCGAAAUGAAGAAAAGGAAGAAUUUUUUAAGUGUGUCGUGAGGAAGUUAUACCAUCUGUCACCUGAGCUGGUGGCAGCUAGAUUAGCCAUACUUCUACUGACUCGCUUUGUGGUGCUCGAUGCUUCUGCCGGUGAACACCUAUAUCUUCACCUGCUCACCCCAGGACCAGACGAAUCACGUCGUGAGUACGUCCCCGGUGCAUUGAACCCCGUUCUACCGACGCACCUGUACAAGCAGUACAUCAUCCCGCAGCUGACGAAGAUGUUUAACGUGAGAGAAACGCACGUGCGGUUGCUGCUGCUGAAGCACUUUUCCGCAUACCUUGAACUCUUUCCGAGAGACAUCUUGCGACAGGUUAUACUCCCACAGUUGCUGCUUGGUCUGAAAGACUACAAUGAGAAUAUUGUGGCUGCAAGUUUACGAGGCUUGGCAGACAUCGUUCCUUUGGUUGGUGCUGAAUCAGUCAUUGGUGGCCAGCAAUCUCGAUAUUUCUUUGAAGGACAACCAAAGAAAUUAGUACUUGGCUCAGCCUCACAAGACAGGAAGAAAAAAUCAGAUAGCAUCCCCCAUCUUACUGCGGUGAGUGGCGUGAUCAGUUUCCAUGGUAAUGGCACAACAUCUGUCAACAAUGUCAGCAACAAGACAUCGAGAAAAGCGGAGGUAGAGAAGAAGCGAGAGGAGGCAAGGAAACGCAGAGAGGAGAGGAGGCGAUUGAGAGAGGAGCAGCAAAAGGCGAAUGAAAAUGAAGAGAGCACAGGUGCUGAAGCAAGUGAAACAGCAGUGGCAGACAGCAAUUCUACUAGUGAGUCAAGAGUCGAUAGUGAUACUUCAAUGAAACAUGAAGUAACCGAUACUUGUUCUCCAUCGAAGAACGACAAAGUGAAUUCAAGUAUCGCCCACGCAUCAUGCAAUGAUGAGGAGGAAGAAGAUGAGUGGUCGGAUUGGGAUGCUGUGGAAGAGGGACAAAUCCCUGAAAACGUGGCUUUCAGCAGCAAAGUUGAUAUUGACCUGGAAAGUAGGGAAGAAACGUUAAAGAGUUGUAGUGCUAGCUCGCUUUCUGAAAAGAAUGGCAGUAAGGUCACACUGCUCGAUCUCGCAAGAACGCAAGGACCUGUUGCUGACAUUGGGAACCUUCUCCCUAAGCUCAAUAAGUCUUCGUCGAAGACAGGAGCACUAAAACUAAUAGGUUCCAACACAAAACCAGUGGAAAAAUCUGACCAAGUCAAAUCUGGGACUACUGGAAAAAACUCCUUUACAUCGCGCGAUCAAAUAGAGAGAGCUGGAGUGAAGAACGAUUUGAGCUCGUCAAAGAAAAAGACCUCGCGCACGAUCGAGGCACCGAGAAGUACAGAUUCAGCUCAAAAUAAACUACGUGUGCCAACCGGUGGGUGCAACGUAAGUCCCAGACCGUUAGGAGCAGAAUUCGAUAUUUUGUCCCUGGAGUUCAAGGGUUCAGUGCCAAAGCAGGACAUCGAUUUCUUCUCUGACAUGACACCAAAUAUUCGUCAGAAACCGCAGAUCUUAGUGAAAAGUGUCGGUGAAGAGUUCAGCACAGCUACGACCUCACCUCCAUUAGGAUCGAGAUCCUUGUUUGCUGCACCCAAUGCUGACGAGGUGUCUGGUUGGGGUGAUGGUGAGGAAGACAUUACAUGGGAUAACAUCUGAAGCUAUGAAGACGUGGCCACCUACACCUAAUCAUGAGUAAUUCUCACGACUAACUGUUACAAUAUACUAAUCGCAAAGGCUAUGUUAUAUAUCAUGACAAAAAUAGAUCGACUAGAUCCAUUUUCAAAUGUGGUUAUGAUCAUCUUUAUUAGAGCAGCUGUGACUUGUGAGCUAAUCACAUUUUUUUAUUUUUACAUGUGUAACCAGGUGUCCACGUUUAACAAUGAUUGAAGGAUAUAUGUAUACCAUUAUUACAGGUGUCAAAAUUAAGAAAUUUCCACUUUUUGGGACAAGCAGGUCUGCUGUCAGAAAAGUGUCAUACAUAUAUGCACGCACGCACGCACGCAGCUUUGCAUGUGAAACAUCAACGUGUUAAACUAUUUUGCUAAUCGUUGGACAUCCCAGUAUUUAAAUUGUGUCAAAUUUUCUUGUCAUGUUUUCUUUGUAUAUACUGAGUAAAUGCUAAGUGAAUAACGUGUAUGGUGCAAUGAGAAAACAGGUGUUAUGUAUGCAUAGGGUAUAUGGCUGUUGUUAGAUUAGCUCCAUCCUGUGUAGCCCUUGCUCUGAAACAUGUGCUUAUACAGAGCUAUGGCUACACAGCUAUUAUUAGAUGGGAAUAUUAUUUUCAACAAUGGUGACUUUAUAAUUCAUAUCCAUAGGGUAUACCAAGGUUUGAUAUCGGUAAUAAAAAGUUAUUAAAGAGCAUUGUAUUAAAACCAUAUGGUAGUUCACUGUAUAUCAUUUGCCCACGAAGUUUAGAUGUAAUAAAUUAUUAAUAAUCUU